AUGGAUUGUUCUCCUUCUCUCUCUCCCUAUUCUAUCUUUCUCUCUAGGUGUAUGCCUAACCAUUGUGAGCAUGGAGGCAGGUGUAAACAGACGUGGGAUAAUUUUAGCUGCACCUGCGACAGAACCGGAUACACUGGAGCCACUUGCCACACAUCGUUGUUUGAACAGAGUUGUGAGGCGUAUAAACACCUGGGCAGAUCUUCAGACACAUACUGGAUAGAUCCGGAUGGGAGUGGACCCCUCAGACCCUUCAAAGUCAACUGCAACAUGACAGAAGACAAGGUGUGGACUACAGUGGUCAAUAAUCUACCAGCCCAGACCUCAGUGACCGGGUCUAGCAGAGAGAGACGCACUGUGCUGCAACUCAACUACAGUGCCUCUAUGGAACAGGUCACAGCUAUUACUACCAGUGCUGAACACUGUCAACAACAUGUGUCGUACGCCUGCCGCAUGUCCCGACUGCUCAACACACCCGAGGGAACCCCCUACACAUGGUGGGUGGGUAGGAGCAGUGAGAAACAUUUCUACUGGGGAGGAUCAGGGCCGGGGAUACAGAAGUGUUCCUGUGGUAUCGACAGGAACUGUACUGACCCCAAAUACGACUGUAACUGUGACGCUGACCACAAACAAUGGAGAGAGGACAGUGGCCUGUUAGUGUAUAAGGACCAUCUGCCAGUCAGUCAGGUUGCCGUGGGUGACACCAACCGGCAGGGUUCAGAGGCCAAGCUCACCAUCGGGCCACUCCGUUGUCAAGGAGACCAUAACUACUGGAACGCGGCGUCGUUCACCACGCCCUCCUCCUACCUGCAUUUCUCCACCUUCCAGGGAGAGACCAGCGCAGACAUCUCCUUCUACUUCAAGACCAGCGCUCCCUACGGGGUGUUCCUGGAAAACCUCGGCAACACUGACUUCAUACGCCUCGAACUCAAAUCUCCUACUGUUGUCUCGUUCUCCUUUGAUGUGGGGAACGGUCCCGUGGAGUUGGCCGUCCAUUCAGCCACACCCCUCAACGAUGACCAAUGGCAUCGUGUGAUGGCGGAGCGAAACGUGAAGGAGGCGGUGCUACAGCUGGAUCUGAACUAUAGGGAAACUCGUCCCGCCCCUCCACAGGGACACACAAGGCUAGAGCUGUUUAGUCAGCUUUAUGUGGGUGCAGCAGGGGGUCAGAGGGGGUUUCUGGGAUGCAUUCGCUCCCUCAGGAUGAAUGGUGUGACCCUUGACCUUGAAGAGAGGGCCAAGGUAACUCCAGGUGUAAAGCCAGGCUGUCAGGGUCAUUGUACCAGUUAUGGGAUGUACUGCAGGAACGGAGGAAAGUGUGUGGAGAAAUAUAAUGGCUACUCCUGUGACUGCACUGCCACGGCAUACGACGGACCCUUCUGCACCAAAGAUGUGGGGGGCUUCUUUGAGGCGGGCACUCUGGUGAGAUACAACUUCCUGUCAGAGGCAGCGGCAGCCAAUCAGGACGCAAGGUUCCUUGCCCAACCUUUGACUGCACAGGAAGUGAAUCUGACAGGAGAAGCAGUAGCGUUUAGCUUCAGUACGUCCAACACACCAGCUAUACUGCUGUACGUCAGCUCCAAGACACAAGACUACCUGGCUCUGGUGCUACGGCAGAAUGGAACUCUCCAGGUGCGGUAUAACCUGGGCGGUCUCAAGGAGCCGUUCACCAUAGACGUGGACCAGCGUAACCUAGCCAACGGACAGCCACACACUAUCAACAUGUCCAGAAUCAACAGGACUAUCACCAUACAGUUGGACCACUACCCCCCUGUCAGCUACUCUCUCCCAGAGGCAUCAGACACACAGCUCAACCUGGUCAAGACAUUGUUCCUGGGGAAGGUAUUUGAGACCGGAGUGAUAGACCCAGUGCUCAUAGAGCGUUAUAACACUCCAGGGUUCGUAGGCUGUCUGUCACGCGUCCAGUUCAACGGAGUCGCACCCCUGAAGACUGCCCUAAGAAACCCUAUAACAGACAGACCAACAGACAGACAGUCUGUGCCAGUGUCCUACCAGGGUAAACUGGUAGAAUCUAACUGUGGAGCAUCACCUCUCACCAUCCCACCAAUGUCUGCUGUCACCGAUCCUUGGCGCCUGGACUCAGGUGCAGAGUUCCCAUUCAACGAGGAGCGAGUGAUCCCAGAUGGAGUCAACAGGAACUCAGCCAUUAUAGGAGGUAUCAUUGCCGUGGUUAUCUUCACCGUCCUGUGCACGCUGGUGUUCCUGAUUCGCUACAUGUUUCGUCACAAGGGCUCAUACCACACCAAUGAAUCGAAAGGGGCGGAGCCAGCCAGUGGCGAAUCAGCAGACACCACCAUCAUCUGCGCCGAAACCAACCCGGAAACCAUAGAGGAAUCAAAGAAAGAGUGGUUCAUCUAACUGCCAAUUGAAAAACAGAUGAGGAUUGGAGAGUGGGAUGUUCAUCUGUUGACCAAUCACAGGAGAGAUGGAUGGAGACGUCUACUGAAUGGAGGAGGGAUUGGGAGUGGGUGAAAGAGGGUGUACAGAAAUCCGAUGAACUGCAGAAGAAAGACGAGACAGUUUAAUGGAAGGUUGCGUUGAGAGUUGAGAGACUAAAUCUGUACAUAGUCUUUCUUUGUAUUGUGUUCAGGAGUUUCCACGAGACCUUUGAAUACAGAAUAGUUAUAUAACAGCAGAUCUGGAUCAAAUACAUUCAAACACUUUAGGUUUUUAGAAGUGCACUUGAUUUAGCUUGGAUUUUGCACCUUUAGGACUAUUCUAUUGUCUCCGAUGUACCAGGCAAACUAAAUCAAGCACAGCUCAAGUAUUUGACCUAUGUAUUUGACCUCUGUAUAAUAAUAAUGGAACAUAUGCUAGCAAAGACUUGUUUGUUUUUUCAACUGAGAUCUGAAAGAUUAUGCCAAAUCAUCUGUACAAGUUUGCCAUUUCUGUUGGUCAUGUUUACAUGUCCAUGAUCCAUAUACACUCCAACAGUAUUUCUCAAACCACUCCAAGAGGUGUAACCAGAGAAACAUGGAUGCCAAAAGUCCUGCUGUAAAUAUGUGUUAUUUAUAAAUAUAUUUAAUUUAUUUGUUAAUAUAUGUUUAUUCAGAGACAUUGGUACAAAGACAUUCACAUGACAUUUCAGAUAAUAUUUCUAAGCAUAGCACAUAUCCACAAAUGAAAGAAGUUUACUUUAAUUUAAUUAUGACAUUAGAUUGUAUCCACAAGAAGACCUUCUCAUCGAUGGUUGGAGAGGAAUGUCUCAAUGCAUGAUGGGAAAACAUGGCAGAAGCAUAGCUACACACUGCAUGGCAGUUUUCUUUCUGUCCUUCCUCUGAGAACAAGUGAGCUCUUGAACUUUCAGUGUAUUUUCUGUUUCCAAACACUUGUCUUACACUGAAGGCGCAAAACAUUAAGAACACCUUCCUAAUAUUGGGUUGUACCACCUUUUGCUCUCAGAACAGCCUAAUUUAGUCAGGGCAUGGACUCUACAAGGUGUCGAAAGCAUUCCACAGGAAUGCUGGCCCAUGUUGACUCUAAUGCUUCCCACAGUUGUGUCAAGUUGGCUGGAUGUCCUUUGGGUGGUGGACCAUUCUUGAUAUACACAGGAAACUGUUGAGUGUGAAAAACCCAGCAACGUUGCAGUUCUUGGCACAUUCAAACCAAAGCGCAUGGCACCUACUAACAUACCCUGUUGAAAGGCACUUAAAUAGUUUGUCUUGCCCAUUCACCCUCUGAAUGGCUCAUACACAAUCCAUGUCUCAAUUGUCUCAAGGCUUAAAAAUCCUUCUUUAACCUGUCUCCUCCCCUUCAUCUACACUGAUUGAAGUGGAUUUUACAAGUGACAUCAAUAAGGGAUCAUAGCUUUCAACUAGAUUCACUGGGUCAGUCUGUCAUGGAAAGAGCAGGUGGUCCUAAUGUUUAAUACACUCAGUGUAGCUUCUCAUGUUUAUUUCACAAAUUUGAUUGAUUGAUCGAUGAGAUCGAUCAUGAUACUUGUAUCAAACUCAGCUGAGUUUGUCUCAUUGGAUGUUGAGAGUGCUGUAUUUGUGUGUGUAGAUGGGGUCGGUGGCAUACGGGGGGGGGGGGGGGGGGGUGUAGCCUAUGUUCCAUAGGACAAGUCUUUGGGGUCAAGGGUGAAGGGUUGAGGCUUGGUUCUACCGUGUUGAAUGGUUUAACCAACUGUGCCUUCAGGAGACUGCCUUUUAGCCUUCCUCUUGGUAACACAACACAGCAACACAACACCAUGGUGUCAGAACCAGACCCAUGGUGUUAGAGCCAGACCCAUGGUGUUAGAACCAGACCCAUGGUGUUAGAACCAGACCCAUGGUGUUAGAGCCAGACCCAUGGUGUUAGAACCAGACCCAUGGUAUUAGAGACUGACCCAUGGUGUUAGAGACAGACCCAUGGUGUUAGAACCAGACCCAUGGUAUUAGAGACUGACCCAUGGUGUUAGAGACAGACCCAUGGUGUUAGAACCAGACCCAUGGUGUUAGAGCCAGACCCAUGGUGUUAGAUCCAGACCCAUGGUGUUAGAUCCAGACCCAUGGUGUUAGAACCAGACCCAUGGUGUUAGAGCCAGACCCAUGGUGUUAGAACCAGACCCAUGGUGAUAGAGACAGUAAAUUGCAACUUAUUUCCUUUCUUUCUUUUUUUAAACAUGUACAUAUUGUUUAUAUUCAAAUGUAUUUAUCAUGUAUAUCAGGCUUUACAAAUGUUUACUUCAUACUGGCAUUGCCCGGUUACAAUGUGAUGUCAUGACUGCCAUUUUUUGUUGCUUGUCGUAAUGGUUCAUGUUUUCUAUACUUUUUAUUUUCUCUAAUGUUUUGUAAAAUUGGCCGCAGUGGUUUGUUGUGAAACGUCUGUAUGUCGUCUCAGAAGGUUCCACACUAAGGACACACACACAGGAAGAUGGAAAUGAAAAGCCCCAAGACAAGGCAAUCAACAUGUCACCAAUAAACAUGUCUGUUCCUGGGUUUGUUGUCAUGCCACAUCUAGCCACCAGGCUACUGUCAGUCACCUGAGUCCUGCUUUCAGCUCUACAUUUCAAUAAAGACAGUGUUUGCACCCAGG